AUGACCACAACCCUGCACCGAAUUUUGGCAAUUGCUGCCUUAUUUCUCGUUGCAGCCGCGGACGAGUCAUCUACUAGGGACCCUUAUCUGGACUACAAGCCAGCCUUCGCAAGCUCACUUCCGGUGCAGAUUCUCCUGACGGGGAUUGUGCUCACUUUGGUCGCGGUUCUGUUCAUCCAUCUCAUAUUCACUGCGCAGUACCAUUGGCCGCUCGCGCCAGUCAACUAUGUGCUCCAGAUUUCGGGGGUCACCACGCUACUCAUCUCACUGAUCGCUACACUUCACGUCGUGCUCUCGGCCACACUGGAUGAGUCCAAGAACUGGCCGUACAUGCUGAGUUACAUCGCGGUGGAUGUCCCCCCAUCUGAUUCUUCGAUGUCCGAAGAACAUGGCAAGGAAUGGACGACAGCUGAGAAAGCUACAUGGAUGGUCAUGAACGCUUCUACAUCGGGGCUUAUCCAGAUUACACACAUCCAAUUCUUGACGCUUCUCUAUCCUUCUCGACUGGAGGGGAGGUUGAUAUUCCUCUUACUGGGCCCCUUGGCAAUACUAUCCGCUGUAAUGCAACUUCUCCCGAUCCAUGGAAGUGAAGCCGUUCUCGAAGUCGCGUCAGCUGUUCGGAACGUCUGCAAUGCCACGCUAUCGCUACUCUUUACGGCCGCAUUAUUUAUAUGGGGUCUGCUGGUCAACCGGAAACAAGCAUGGCGCACUGACGGGGGGACAGCUGCUUUUGGGGCUGCUGCCCUAUUAUUAGCUGUUGCGAGUACCGCGUUGACCUUCCUUUAUGUCCCACGCGAAGAAGAGUAUGUUUGGCUUCCCGGCCUCAUGUGGGCUAUCAUCCUUUGGCAGAGCUUCUUAGGGUGGUGGUGGUGGGUUGGAGCCGGAAGUGCUGGUGCGAUGAACGGAUGGGACGGGAUGGAAGAGGAGAUGAUACGCCGAGAGAAACGGGAAAAACGACGCAAGGCUAAAUUGGAACGUAGGAAGGAGAGGAGCGAGCGGGCGAAGCUUGUCUUACGAGGUGUGGCAGGUGCUUUCGGCAAAAAUACGGAAUACGGAGAGGAAAGUCGUGGACGACAUGGGCGUCGGGGAGGAGGUCAACGAACAUCGCGCUCAGGAUCUCGUUCCGGAUCGCCGUCCUCUCCGACUUCACCGCCAGAUACGCGAUCACGAGGAUUAUCGUCUGCAUCGACAACAUCCGUCUCAACCACCCCUACAUACGCUACCCUCCCUAACAUACUCCCUUCCUUCAUCCACCAGUGGUACGCCUCGCUUAGCAAAGCGCAUGUCGCCGCAGCACGAAAACAAGCGGCUGAGCGGGCUGAACGGAUACGCGAGUUGGAUCGCAGUGGUAGUCGGCGGCGGACUGCCAAUAGGCACAAAAACCCUGGCUGGGGAUUAGGCAGCUUCGGUUGGAGGACUCGAACGCAGCAUCAAGAGGACGACACGGAGCUUGAUGAAAACAGAAUCCCUCACGAAACUCGACGGAGUAUAGAUCAUAGCGAUGGCGAAGAUGGCCCACAAAAGAGACGCAAUGCUGGUCGACGGGAGAUGGAUGACAGAAAUGAGUUCCCUCCUUUUCGUGGUGACAAUUCGACGCCGGCACACAACGACCAGCAACCAGCAUCGUCAGAUCGGAGACAACAGUCCCUCUGGUGGUGGGGUCCGCUAAGUCGUUGGCGGUUGCAGGACUCUACAGUGUACUAG